AUGGCUGUGCAUUGGGCUGUCAAAGAUAUAGUCUACACUGCCAUUGUCGGUCUGGUGAUGCUGGCAGCUCUUCUGGAAUGGUUCCUAUGGAUCGGCGCGUUCAUGUACUGCCUGUGGAAGGUGUUUAGGAAAUCUGAACACUGGACAGUCAACAUCUUGGCGGUACUCAUAUCCGUCGGCUUCCUACUUCUCAGCCAGAUCGUCAGGUACUGGCCCGACGAGAUGGUAUCAGUCCUGAUGUGGUUUGCAUUUUGGUCCUUUGCCGGCCUGCUGACCAUCCCGUGGCUGUUCUGCGUGUAUUACCUGGUCACGCACCAGCUUGGGCGGACUAAGCGGAUCAAGCAGCUCCUGGAUGAGGACUCGGCGCCCAAGGUUGUCAUCGUCAUGCCUUGUUAUAAGGAAGACCUCGAUGUGCUCAUCACAGCCGUCAACUCGGUGGUCGAGUCCGACUAUCCGCCGUCCUGUAUCCACGUGUUUUUGUCCUUUGACGGCGACCAGGAGGACGAGCUGUACCUCAACUGCAUCGAGAGGCUCGGGGUCCCCUUGACCCUCGAGUCGUACCCAAAGAGCAUUGAUGUCGCCUACAAGGACGCGCGCAUCACAGUCUCGCGGUUCCCCCACGGCGGCAAGCGGAACUGUCAGAAGGCGACCUUCAAGCUCAUCGACCGGGUGUACAACGAGUACCUGAAGCGCAACGACAACCUCUUCAUCCUCUUCAUCGACUCAGACUGCAUCCUGGACCGCGUGUGCCUGCAGAACUUCCUCUACGACAUGGAGUUCUCCCCGGGCAAUAGGCGCAACAUGCUGGCCAUGACGGGCGUCAUCACCUCGACGACAAAGAAGCACAGCAUCCUCACCCUGCUGCAGGACAUGGAGUACAUCCACGGUCAGCUGUUUGAGCGCACCGUCGAGUCCGGGUGCGGGUCUGUCACCUGCCUCCCCGGUGCGCUGACCAUGUUGCGCUUCAGCGCGUUCCGGCGCAUGGCCAAGUACUAUUUCGCCGACAAGGCCGAGACGUGCGAAGAUCUCUUUGAUUUCGCCAAGGACCACCUGGGCGAGGACCGCUACCUGACGCACCUGUUCAUGAUCGGGGCCAAGAAGCGCUACCAGAUCCAGAUGUGCACGUCUGCGUUUUGCAAGACCGAGGCGGUGCAGACGUAUAAGUCCUUGGUCAAGCAGAGGAGGCGCUGGUUCCUGGGCUUCAUCACCAACGAGGCCUGCAUGCUGACCGACUGGCGGUUGUGGCGGCGGUAUCCCGUGCUGGUCGCCUACCGCUUCUUUCAGAACACGAUCCGCACGACGGCCUUGCUCUUCUUUAUCAUGGUGCUCGCCCUGCUGUCGACGGAGAAGUCCAUCAACGACCUGCCCGUGGGCUUCAUCGCCAUCUCGCUCGGCCUCAACUGGCUCAUGAUGAUCUACUUUGGCGCCAAGCUGCGCAGGUAUAAGAUCUGGCUGUAUCCCAUGAUGUUCGUGCUCAACCCGUUCCUGAACUGGUACUACAUGGUCUAUGGCAUCUUCACAGCGGGGCAAAGGACCUGGGGCGGGCCUAGGGCAGAUGCUGGGGCUGCGGACAAGAACACGACUGUCCAGGAAGCCAUCGAGCAUGCUGAGCAGACGGGUGAUGAUCUGAAUGUUGUGCCCGAGACGUUUAUUCCCGCCGUCAUUGCGCAGAGGGAGGAACACGCCGUAAAGCGAAGCGUGCUGCAGCCGCCGCCGCAGGUCGAGGGACUGUUCGCCGCGCCGCAGAGGACAGCGGGCGGGUUUUAUAGGUACCUCGACCCAGCGGGUGACUCGAGCGGCAGCGGGGACUUUUCCUCGACGGUUACGGGUGGUGGUGAUGAGCUGCAGCUCCAGCAGCAGCAGCGUGGCCAGGCCAGGAGGAGGAGGACGGACGAGGAGGAAGAGGGAGUUCCCCUGGCGCCGUUGAAGAAGGACAGUGGAGUUGACAGGCUGUGGCGCGACUCGGACGAAGAGAGCACGAUGAGGUCAACCAACACACAAGGCACGUACGCACGUGCAAAGGGCUACACACCAGUGAUGGCGCCGUAUAGGGAUGAGCCGAGCUCGCCCGUGUACAUGCCAAGCGGGGCGCCUGCGCAGGUGGGCAGCGAGGAGCUGCCUUUCAUGAGCGAGGAGGACAGGCGCAAAUACGAGAUGGCACACGCGAACCAGGUUAGCACAUACAUGACAACGCGGGCACAGACAACGAGGCCGAGGCCGAGACACCAAACGACGCAGCAGCGGCAGCAGCAAGGUAGGACGUACGAUGACAACCUCCUUCGAACCGCGGACUCGAGCUCGGAUAUGGAGACUGUGGCGAUGCAGGAGGCUGGGUACGCCGAGACAUUGCCUGGUACGCCGGUGAAUGCGCUGGGGAUGGGCGGGACGACACCGACGAGGGCCGAGUUCGGGUUCGAGGUCGAAGGGGGAGGGGCGAGUCCGCCUAGUUCUGCUGGUGGUAGUAGUGCUGAGAGGGAGAGGAGGGAUGGCCAGCAGAGCCUCCUCAUGCCGCCAUCGACCGGAGGAGAUCCGAGGAGCAGGAGGAGCGGAAGAGGUCGGAGCCCACUCUCUCGCGAGACCUUUGUCAGGGUCCCGUUUGAAGAUGAUGAGGAGGCACAGGAUGAGGACGAGGAGGACGGGGAGGAGGGUGAGGGAGAGCCUUUGGACCCUGGAGGGCUUGCUUCGACGGGAAGAGGGAGGUGA